UAAGACCUUAAUGCCCUCGGACACCUUCCCAUGCCCAAUACCCCUCCUCCUCCACCUCCAGCCCCAGUGUCCCCUCCACCGGAGACUCCUCUGAGCUUCUCCACUCGGUCUCUGGACACUUGAAGACACAGUGGCCCGUCAGCCGGUUGCCAUGAGGACUGCUCUCGCCCUCCUGCUGUUCAUCUCCCUCGCCUGCCACAGCCACGGCCUCAAGUGUCACACAUGCGUGGCGUCCAAUGAGGAAGACUGCAACCGACAGGGCUCCACCUCCUGCCCUCAGUAUGCCGACGCCUGCUCCACCAUCACAGGACCCAACACCGUGAUGAAGUCGUGCUCCUACAAGGCUUUCUGCGACAAGGCUCACGGCGGCAGCUCCGGAGCCAAGAUGGUGUGUUGCUUCGGCGACGACUGUAACGGGCCCCACAGGAGCCACAGCCACGGGGAUCACCACCACAACGGUGCAGGGGCUCUGGCCUCCAGCCCCGUGCUGCUGGUCACGGCCCUGUUGCUGCGUCUGGCCCACACUCACUUGUAAACGCCUCCCCCUUUUCUUUUCCCUCCAGUGAGCCAUCACUUCCUUCUUAUCUGUGUUAUUGUUAUGUAACCCAUCCAUCUUGUCCGUCCACCCUUUUUAAUCCAAGUCUUUAAAAAACGGAUUUCAGCAGCUGAGAGUUUCAAGUUUUUUGAGAUUGUGGUGAAAAGAAAAGCGUUUUAUACUUUCUGACGGCUGUGUUGUCGGCCCUGUAAAUACGAGCUGCAUUUCAACAGCUUCUUGUUUCAUUUUUUAGAUUAUCAUCAAAAACUUGAAUAUUAACUUCAUUACAUACAAACGUGUGUUCACUUUCAGGUGAUGUGAAGCAGCAAAGCAUCAUAUUAACCUGAGAGAACUUGUGGUGAAUAAAUAAAAUCACACAGCUCUGGCCUAGCUGGUGUCAACUCGAGUGUGGUUUUGGCAGGUGUGCAGUUAGCUCGACACCACAGAACCACAUUAUUCACUCAUGUCGUUGCCGUGGUAACCCACUUUAGUAUUUAGUAAUUUAUCAACAUAAAUCUUGGGAAAUUGUUUGUGUUUGUGCAUAGAAGCUUGCCUGAAUAAAGAUAAAA